AUGAACACCAAGCCCACACUGUGGAUCCUGCUCUUCAUUUUCAUCCAGAAGGGAUCUCCGCAGGAGGCGUUGUUGUUUGACCUUGAUUUUGAAGGAUACGAUUAUGACUUGCAGUCUGUGAACUGCUCGAUCACAGAGAGCAUCACAGGCGGACAUGUCACCUACUCACAGGGAGGUUUGGAGGGCAGCAUGUUGACCUAUCAUUGUGGCCUGGGACGGUACCCAUUCCCUGUUGACUCCCGGAUCUGCGAUGCUGAUGGAGAGUGGUCGCCCAUGAGACUAUCAAGUGGCAUACUCAUGUCCCGCGCUAUGUGCAAAGAUGUGUUGUGUCCGGGUCAGCUCCAGUUGGACAAUGGUGACUUUUGGCCAAGGAAUCAGUGGUUCAAAAUUGGCAGAAUGCAGAGCUUCUCCUGCCAGGAGGGGUUCACCCUGUACGGGUCGGAGCAAAGAAACUGCACAUCGUCUGGACAGUGGACAGGCACCACUCCGAUCUGUAACGAUCACGCUGAUGACUGUAACGACCCAGGGGUCCCGCCGGGUGCUGAAAGGUCAGCAGGUCGAUUUUUAAUAGGAGAAAAAGUGACGUACCGGUGCCAGGCCGGUCUCAACCUUCUUGGGUCAUCUGAAAGGGUUUGCCUGGAGAACAGGGAGUGGAGUGGUUCAACACCACGCUGCCAAGGUCCAUAUACCUUUGACUCUCCUGAUUAUGUGGCUGGCGCCUUAGCAGGAUUCCUUGCAGGAACGAUGGAUGUACUUUUUCCAGCCUUCAAAAAGAAAAAGGUUACACCAUCAUUUGGCCGAACUUUCCGAGUGGCUGAAGUCAGUCAUAUGCACAUCUAUAUCUUACUUGACACAUCAGGAAGCAUCAAUGAGGCAGACUUUAAUAAGUCCAGAGAUGCCACCAUCGCCCUGAUCAGAAAGCUCGACAGCUAUGAAGUCCAGUUGAAUUUCCACGUGUUGUCGUUUGCCAGCGAGACCAAAGUCAUUGUGGACAUUACUGACACGGACCUGAGCGGCGAUGCUGACGAGGUCAUAUUGGCUCUGAUGGACUUUGACUACAAAAGCCAUGGGCGCAAGACGGGCACCAACCUGUACUCUGCUCUGCAUAAUGUCCAAAAGGUGAUCAACUUCUUAAACGUAACCAGCACCAAGGAACAAUUAGCUGACACUCAGAACAUCAUCAUCAUCGAAACAGACGGUUAUUCCAACACGGGGAACAAGCCUCACAUUGCUCUGGCCCAGAUCCGGGGCUUACUGGGUUACACCAACAGCACAGCCAAUGAUCACUCUAAUGAAAAAAUGCUGGAUGUUUACGUAUUUGGCAUUGGAACCACGGUGAACAAAGAGGAGCUGAAUUCUCUGGCCUCUAAGAAACGUGGCGAGACACAUUUCUUUGUUCUGAAGGACUAUGAGAAGCUGGGAGAGGUGUUCAACAGCAUCAUCAGUGACAGUAGCGUGACAAAGUGUGGGGUCGCUCAGGAAGACAUCUCCAAAAACACGGAGCUUGGAGGCACAAUAGCCUACACCAGGCCGUGGCACGUGACUCUGUCACCUGAUGCGAAAAUAAAUGAUUGUUCUGGCUCGAUUGUUAGCCAGAACUGGGUGCUGACGGCCGCUCACUGCUUUGCCAGAAACAGCACAGACAGGGGCCCGAAGAAGCUGAUCAUACAAUACGGUGAAGAAGUUGAAUUCAAGAAGAUAAUACUGCAUCCCAAGUACAACAUCUACGCGCUCAAACAUAGAAAUGUAUCAGAGUUUUAUGACUACGAUGUGGCUCUGGUACAGACAAGCCGCAGCAUCCCUCUGAACCGGAAGGCCAGACCAAUCUGCUUGCCAUGUACUGUUGCAGCCUCUAGAGCCAUGAAGAAACUCGGCUCCACCUGUGAGCAACACAGGAAUGAGCUCCUAGCUCACAGGGAGACUCCUGCCUUUUUUAUGCAGAAGACCGAACGUAAACAAACACACAUCCACACUCAGAGUCAGAGGGCUAGCUGCGUGGAGAAGGCCAAGCGACUGCUAACCGAGUCCAUGAAUGUGACUUUAGAUGAGUUUGUACCGGACAGACUCCUCUGCACCGGCGGCACUGCAGGUUACCAGGAUGCAGUCACCUGCAAAGGAGACUCUGGUGGAUCCCUGUUUCUGCAGAAAAGAAUGCGUUAUUUUCAGGUUUGGAAGAUGGGGGUUGUGAGCUGGGGCACCAUCAACAUGUGCGGCAAAGUCCCGCCAGCCUACAGCCGAUACAGCAGCAGCCGCCCUCCUCCUGACGCUCGAGACUUUCACAUCGACCUCUUCAAGAUCCUGCCGUGGCUGAAAGAACACCUGGGAAACGAGAUCCAGUUCCUGUCCGACGUCAAAUGA